CUUGUGUGAAGAUCAAUAAUUGGUUUGCUGAGGUGAACGUAUUUUUCUUCAGAGGAUGGUGUGAUUUAGUUGAAGACCAAGUAUGUCCAUGACAGCCACGUUACGGGCGCUGUCCGGUUCAAAAACCCAUCCACCACAUGGCAUGGCCAGAAGAACUGUUUUCACCAAGGCUGCCAAGAGUUUUGCUCGCAGCUUCGGAAAAUAUUCUGCUCGUGCAACUGUUGCUUGUGGAGCUGUUGGAGUAGCAGCUUAUGCUGCCGAUCAGGCGUACCAGCGUUUCCUGCAUGGCACACUGGACAAGUACGAGGCUGGGCGUGAUCGCCUGCGCUCACGAUGGCUAGGGGCACGGGACCGCGCUCUGGAUGGAGCCAAUAGCUUGCGAGGGUUGUUUGGCCAGUUUGGGCUGCAGCCUAUAAACGGUAUAUACUAUGAAGACUCGAAGCCAAAAAGAACGAUGCCUAGACCUGAUGAUGUUACAGAUGAGGAGAUCGAAGCAGCACUGGCAGCCGCGGAAUCAGUUGCAUACAAUGCCUCGAAUCCGGAUGGCUCACUCUCUGACAAGGAUAAAGAACUCGCUUCAAUGAAGUCUAAAAUCAAAGAGUUGUCUGAGCAGUUAUCCAGAGCCCACCAGGAGCGUGCUAAGUCACAGAAGGAAUUUGUCGAGAUGCAGAACCAAUUGCAACGGGAGCUGGAGAAGAAAGAGCAUGCCAAUCGAGACAUGAAGCGGCAGCUUUUGCUUCAGAAGCAAGAUGACUCGUCGGUAGUUUCGGGUCAGCGCCUUGGUGAGGAAGAUGAGAAAAAGCGUCCCUUGAUAGACAUGUAUUCCGAGCUACUCGACCUGCUCUCAGAGUAUGAUAGUGGCUUUGAUGUGCAAGACCACCUGCCACGGGUUGUGGUGGUUGGUGACCAAAGUGCUGGAAAAACCAGUGUCCUAGAAAUGAUCGCUCAAGCAAGGAUAUUUCCACGUGGUGGCGGGGAGAUGAUGACUCGAUCUCCAGUUAUGGUAACACUCAGUGAGGGGCCACAUCAUGUUGCUCAGUUCAAGGGUAGCAUGAAGCAGUACGACCUGACGUCUGAAAAGGAGCUGGAAUCCUUACGGAAGGAGAUUGAGCAGCGCAUGCGUGCCAGUGUAUCGGGCGGCAAGACCGUCAGUAACGAUGUCAUCUCGCUGUCAGUGCGCGGUCCCGGACUGCAGCGUGUUGUCCUCGUUGAUUUGCCCGGUAUUAUCAGUACUGUAACGAGCGGCAUGGCAGCUGACACAAGAGACAACAUUGCAGCAAUGAGCAGGCAAUAUAUGAAUAACCCUAAUGCAAUCAUCCUGUGCAUUCAAGAUGGUGCUGUGGAUGCCGAGCGGAGUAUGGUCACAGACCUGGUGCGCUCUAUGGAUCCGAGUGGGAAGAGAACGAUAUUUGUCAUGACCAAGGUUGAUCUAGCUGAGAAGUCGGCCGUCAAUCCUGGAAGGAUCAAGUCUAUCAUGGAGGGUAAAUUGUUUCCCAUGAAAGCGCUUGGUUACUUCGCCGUGGUUACCGGCAGAGGCAAUGUUGAUGACAGUAUUGAGACGAUUCGCCAGUAUGAAGAGCAGUACUUUGCUACGUCUAGCUUCUUCAGGUCGGGAGCGUUGAAGGCCAGCCAGAUGUCAACAAGGAACCUGAGCUUUGCUGUGUCUCGGUGCUUUUGGCAGAUGGUCCAGGAUUCUGUUCAGCAGCAAGCUGAUACGUUCAGAGCCCAUCGCUAUAACCUGGAGAGUGAAUGGAAGAACACAUUCCCACGGUUACGUGAGCUUGAUCGGAAUGAGCUGUUUGAAAAGGGCAAGGAUGAGAUUCUGGAUCACCUUGCUGAACUGUCUCGUAUCCAGCCGCAUACUUGGGAAGCCAAUCUGGUAGAGCAGCUUUGGAAGGAAAUGAGCACGCCGGUCGUGGAGGAUAUCUACUUCCCAGCAGCGCAGGGCACAACAGCUAGCAACUUCAAUACCAGAGCUGAUAUUCGCCUGCGUAACUGGGCCAACAAGGACCUGCCUCUCUUAUCAGUACAGGCUGGGUGGGAAGUACUGCUCGGAAACUUUGCUGCAGCUUUGCAGCCGGACGGCAAGGACAAGCAGUCUGAUCUCUUUGCAGCAUUGAAAGAAGAGGUGGUAAAGCAAUGUCGAAGUGAGCAUGUUGCUAUUGCUGAUGCCGUAGACAGACUACGUGUCAUACAAAUGAACACACUGGAAGACCGUGCAGUGACUAAUGCACACCAGUGGGAUGAUGCUGUCAAGUUCAUGGAGACUACACUUACAUCUCAACUCAAAACUGCACAAGACAAGAGCCGUGACAUGGUCGGCCCCACCGCCACUGAGCGCUGGUUCUACUGGCAGUCGAAGAGCAGUGAACAGUCGGACAGAGAUGCAGCUGUACAGGAGUUGAAUAGGCUGCUGGAUGCAAAUAAGGACCAUCCGGAGCGCUUGGCUGCUGAUGAGCUGACUACCGUUCGCAAGAAUCUAGAGACGCGCAGUGUGUCCGUCACAGAUCUGUUUAUUGAGGACACAUGGCAGCAUAUGUACAGGGAGCACUUCCUGACCAACGCAUUGUCCAACAUGCAGGAGUGCAAGAAAGCCUUUUACCACCGUGAACUAGCUACCAGCCAGCUGCGCUGUGACGAUGUGGUGCUGUUCUGGCGGAUCCAGCGCAUGCUACACAUCACUGGUAAUGCUCUCCGACAACAGAUUGAGUCUAGCGAAGCGCGCAAUCUGGCUCGCCAGGUCAAGCAGAUUCUCGACAGCCUGGCACACAACCCUGACAAGAAACGGCAGCUGAUCACUGGUCGACAAGUUGAGCUUGCGGAGGAACUAAAGCGAGUGCGAUCAAUUCAGGAGAAGCUAGACACAUUCAUCAGCACACUGCAGGAAGAGAAAAGGUCAGGCUGAAGUUUCUUACACUGCGCAAUGGUCUUUCCUGUCUCAAUGAUCAACGCACAGCAUGUCACGCAUCACACUGGUCACAUCACUCUGUAGAUAUGACCUUAACCUGGUCCGCAUGUGAUGGCACACUGAUUAGAGCCUGGUGGCGCUGCUGACGAGGCAUGCUGAUAUCCAGCCACCUGAAUGGCAUGAUAACACCAUGACAUCAUUGAUAACAUGAUGAUGUCAUGAGCAAUGCCUACACCAACCACCUACACCAGUCAGCCCGGUGGGAUUGUAUCGUGACGUGACGCUUAGUCCCGUACUGUCAUACGCUGCACAACUCCUUAUCAUAGCUUUCUCAGAGCAAAUAUUUGUUUGCUCUGGCUCGCAUGUGGCACUGGCUGCAUUGUUUGAUUUUCACUUUUAGAAAAAUAGUUUAUAGUUGCACUUCAUGUGCGGUUUUCUCAUACAAAUUCAAUAUUCUUUGUUUUUCCCCAGCGUGGACGCUGGGUUUAAUUUGUUCUACUGCUGCUGCUGCUGCUGCUAUCACUGCUGUCGUGUAUAUUCUGUUGCUAUCACGCUUGUUGAAAUGAAUAUAGUUAUUGCUUUUUUUGUACAUUUGUGUAUGCCCAUUGAUGUGCAGACACGCUUGUGCACACACCCAUCAUCCACGCUACACAGACAACACCUACGGGUCUACAUCAUAAUGUGCUUUGUUGUUGAAGGACUCGAACCUUACUUACAUCACGAUAAUUUCAUCAGUUGAGGACCUUUUUCGCAUCAGCUGUGGGCAUAUUGAAGUUGCUUUCAUACUUGCCAUUGUGUGCAAAGCACUGCGAGAUGAAUAUACUGGUACUUGCACAGA